AUGUCGAAAUCCAGCAAUGACAAGCACUUAUUACACACCAGUGACUACAACACGCGUUUCAAUUUAGAUACUUAUCUUAAAAGUUUCUAUUCCGGUGUUGAUAUCGAUCCAAAUCAAGAACCACUUAUAGCUUUUUUUCCUGAAAACAUUGUUCGAAUCUUGCAUGAUGAACAAAAACGUCUAGGGAAUCAAAAAGCAUUGGAGUUUGGUGGUGGACCAUGCCUAUGGUCAUCAUUGCUUCUCGCUCAACAUGUCGAUUCAAUUCGGUUUUGUGACUAUGCACAAUCCAAUCUAAAUGCUGUUAGUGAUUGGAUUGCACAAAAACCGAGUGCUUUUGAUUGGACGAAAUUUUUCGAUAACGUUCUUGCUAUUGUCGGCAGCUCCAAAGAAAAGCGUGCCGAAUGGGAAUCGCGUCUGCGGGAAGCUCUAAAUCGAGGCGGCUUGUCAACAUGUGAUGUUAACGAUCCCAAUUGUCCAAUAUUAAGUGGAAAACACAAUGACUAUGACAUUAUUUUUAGUAGUCUUUGCUUAGAAGCUGCCUGUUUAACGGUUGA